AUGGAGAAUAUUUGUGAGCAAUUCAAGAUCACUCAUCGAAACUUGACAGCCUAUCGGCCACAAAUGAAUAGGGCCGUAGAAGUAGCCAACAAGAAUAUCAAGAGGAUAUUGAGGAAAAUGACUGAUAAUUAUAAAGGUUGGCACGAGCAGUUGCCUUAUGGUUUACUGGGAUACCGUGCUACAGCCAGAACUUCAACAGGAGCAACUCCAUACUUGUUAGUCUACGGUAGCGAAGCAGUUAUACCUAUUGCCGAGGUUGGGAUACCUUCUUUGAGAAUCAUUCAAAAAGCUGAGCUGGAUAAUGUUGAAUGGGUCCGAGCUCAAUAUGAGCAAUUGGCUUUAAUUGACGAGAAAAUGAUGGUUGCCGUAUGCCACGGUCAACUAUACCGCCAAAGGAUGGCAAGAGCCUUCAACAAAUGA